AUGACUCUCAGCAGCGAGCCUGAACAGGAUGAUCUCUUAGAUUUCUUCUUCGCCAGCUUAGGAACGAUCAAGGAAAUAGCGGAUAUUCUCAGUGGCGAUGAAACUGAGCUCGAUUCCAGGAGCUUUUAUUUGAGACUGAAUGGACGUUGCACCAUAAUACGUUCUCAAUCAAUCGCAAUAACGCCAUCUCGCGAGGCGGAAAGAGUCACCAUAGCUCGAAUUAUUCUUGAUCGCUUAGAUUCUCUACUUGACCUGAGUUUAUUUCCAGCAAUAGAGAUAUCAGGAUGUUCUUUUCGGCGUAUGCGCGCCCUUAACAAACUUUGGACAUCGUACGGGAAAGGCGAAAAAUUAUCUCAACUCCAACGUGUUAAGAGCUGUCUCCAUUUUGGAUCUCCAAACGAGCAACUCGAAUUCCUCGCAAUUUUAAAGAGGUGUGAAGACAUUUUCUUAUUGGAAUCCAGCCAAGACUAUUCUCUUGACAAACUUCCUCUGUGGAAUCGGAGAAGCGAGCCACCGUAUGCCUCAUUAUCUGCUGCCCGGUCUCUCUUUCACGUGCUCGAGACAUCCGGAAGAUGUUUAUGCCAUACAUAUGGAGCCCGGUUUUGUAUUCAGACGCAUCGCAAUAGUGACCUAAACGAGGAAUAUGAUUUCAAACUGUUUCUCGAGAUAGACAAGCGCUGGCAAGAGGCUCAUUUCCAUUCCGUUAGGAAAUCCCAAUCAGUCGCCAGACAUGCGACUCAGGAUGACUCAAAGUCUGCGAAGAAGAAGACGCCUGCAACGGGAAGGAAAAAGGUCAAAUUCUUAUGCGAUCCUAUAAAGAAGUUAUGGAAAAAUUUCCCGACUUACCGACUCAAAUUCUUGAUCGAAAAUGACAUACUAUGGAAAUUGCAGUCCGAGCCCAGCAAUCUUACAACAGACACAACAACGCGCGCGAUCACUUUUCAGCAUUUGAUAACAGAAGAGGCUUCCAAGUUGACUGAAAAAACUAAGCGCAUUUUAGCAGUCCUCUUGGGCUACGCUGUUCUUCAUCUACUUGAAACUCCUUGGCUAAAUAGUUCAUGGGGCCCAGGCAAUAUUUUAUUCCUCGCAACGUCGUUUGGCACACCUUUAAAGCCUUAUAUCCAACUGCAAUUUGGCAACGAUGUAGAUAAUAAGUCUGAAAAUACCACUGUCGACAGCGAAAAUGAUGAAGAUUUCGACCCGGAUGAUCUAAUCUCUCAUCCAUAUCCAUCGCUGGUAGCUUUAGCAGCUAUGCUCAUUGAGCUUCAUUUGGCCCGAAGCUUACAGGAAAUUGCGCAGGUUCACGAUCUUGAGUUUGACGAUGAUAUGAACGACUGCGCUAAAUAUAUCGCCACUGCUACAAUUUUCGACAAAUGUAAAGACGAUAUUUCAGAGAAAACUCGUGAAGCGAUUGAUAAAUGUUUGGAUCAAAAUAUUGGCGUAGACGACAACGAGAACGAACUCGCUAUCCCAGAGCUGAGAAGCGUCAUCUAUAAAUACGUGGUAAGCCGGCUAGAGUAUGAUCUUGAGCAUGCAUACAGUUAUAUCUCGAUUGAAGCGCUCGACAUGGAGGCCCAAAAGCUAGAUCUUACUAGAUGGGGUCAACCAAUUGCGCAUAAAAAGGCCAUUUCCAAUGGGCAUACGGAUAAUGAGUUGCGCAUAUCACGCGUUCAAACGCGAUUAAAUGGUAGGAAGAGGCAACGUCAAGCCCCAGAGAGCCCUACGUUAAAGACACUUGAUUUCGUGAGCAACUUGAAAUUCUUCGACGACCAAAUUGCUCCAUCUGAUAUUUCAUUUGUUGCGCGUGAUGCUUAUCUAUCCUGGAAAAACAACUUUCGUGCUGUACAUGAUCGCCUCAUUGGGGACAAUCCUGGCCUUGUCCCAGUUAAGAUUGCGGUUCUUGAUACUGGGAUAGACAGAAGCCAUCCCGAUUAUGAAGCUCAAGAAGAGCGAUUUCGGGGAACGAGGUCGUUUAUACCCAAUCGCCAGCAGGACGAUGACGUUUUCGAUUGUUGUGGACAUGGUACGCAUGUCGCAGGCUUACUGCUGGACUUUGCGCCAGAUGCAGAGCUCUACAUAGCGAAGAUAGCUGAUCUCGAACCGGCCAAGCCUGUUACAGUCGCCGAAGCUAUUGAAUACGCAGUGAAUGUAUGGAACGUUGAUGUGAUAUCCAUGUCGUUCGGGUUUCCAUCACGCGAAGUAGACGGGUACAACGUUCUUGAGCGAGUAAUAAAGCAUGCCAUCAACCAAAAUGUUCUACUCUUCGCAGCGGCGUCGAAUAAUGGGGCUAAUACGAAGAGAGCAUAUCCCGCAAGACACCCGGACGUCAUCAGUGUGCAUUCGACCAAUGCCAACGGCACUCCGUCUGACUUCAACCCAAUACCUCUUCCAGGGGAUAAUUUAGCCACGAUAGGAGAGGCAGUUGAAUCUGCCUGGCCCGUUCAUCUUUGUUAUCAAGAAAUCAACAAGCUUUGUGUGGCGUGCAAGUCAGGCACUUCGUUUGCAACACCCAUUGCAAGUGGGAUUGCUGCGUUUUUGUUGCAAUAUGCGAGAGCAAAGCUGCUUCCAAGAGAGUCUGAGCAGUUGAAGCAAUGCCACUUCAUGAGGGCUGCACUCAAUGCAGUCUCUGUGAGGAGUCAGGGAUACCAUUACAUCGCACCUAGCCUACAUCCCGAUAACGCUUUUGGUAAGGAUGAGGCUUCCUUGAAAGCUCGAAUCCGAGACGCGAUAAAGGAUGUUUGA